AAAUUCCGAUCUAAUAUGACAAUCUCAGCUGAGAUCAAGAGCGUAAACAAACAAAAACAAUACUGAGGGUGAAAAGUCCAUUUCAGUAAAAUGCGUGAGAAAUGUGCAAGGUUAAGUCAUUCUGCGGGCUUUAUUCCUUAAAGAACGGAUGUUUUAUUAUCGCUGUGGUGCAUUUGGUCGUGUCGUUCGCAACUUUUCUGUUAACUACGGCAGUACUUAUGGAAAACGUGCCCGAAUUACUGACGGAUGAUCAUACAGCGGAAGACGUACUCAUUACAAUGCUGAUAUUCUCAUCAAUAUUUCACACAUGCGACUUGGCUAUGCACAUCAUUUUCCUGUUUAGCAUAAUGGCGCAUGCAAAACUAUUUUUUCAAUUUUAUCUAAUAUACGCUAUAGUGGUUUUGAUAGCAACUAUUGUGCGUUGUUGUGCCUCGGCGGCUUUUUUUUAUUCAUCGAUUUUAGCAACUAUACCACACACCGCCAUAAGGUUCUAUUGUUUUCUCGUCACAUAUAGCUACUAUGUUUACCAGUUUUCACACGAUUCCGAUGACGAAGAAGAUGAUGAAGAAGAAGGCGCCGCCGCAUCAACCCCCGCUCCGGCAUCAACCCCCGCCCCCGCAUCAACCCCCGCCCCCGCUUAAGUUAUUAAACAUUAAAAAUCUAAUCAUCACCUUGUAAUUUGUAAACAUACCCUAAAAUGUAUGAAACAGCGUGACAAUCUUUUCAUCCAACUAGAUGUUGAUUGUCGGUGCCCCUUCCUUCUACGAAAGAUGGUAUUUCGAAUAUGGUAUUGGCAUUUUAGAUCCAUAGUAUCAAUAAUUCAGGGUAUUUCAAUACUGUUCAAGUAUCUAUGCCAUUCUUUCGACUUUACAAUAUCGAUAUUUUUCUUUCGAUACAUCGUCAGAUCGUUUCAAACAUUAACAAAAUGAAAUUCGAAUUUUUAGUUUCUUCUCGUUCCUUCGGAUUACUAAUUAUUCAGCCAAACGCUUCACGCUUUGAUGAACGAAACAUUCAAGAAUGAAGAAGCAAAAGCUGGUUCUGUCAAGUUUUUUCCUCUAAAAACUCAUCGUGGCAUCAAGGGAGAUUGGAUUUCCACGAUAAAUAUGCAAGAAGGUAAACAAGCGUCUAUAUUUCAAUUCAAGAAUUAACUCCAGAUAUUAUUUUAACACUUGAUUAAAUAAAUACUUAAAAAACACAUAAUUCAUGUGGGAAUAACCAAUGAUGACGUGACCAGAGGUGGGGACGAGACAACGACAGAGAAGAAUCAAGUUAUAAAAAGUUAAGACGAGUUGAGUCGGUGU